AUGGAGGAGCUCGAACGCCUCUCGCUAGUGUCAAGAGUAUGUGUCGAACUUGACAAUCACUUUGGGCUAGCAGACAAAGAUGUCGCAGAAUUCAUCAUAUAUUUGGCCACUGAAAAUCCAACUUUCGACAAGUUCAAGAAAUCAAUUAUGAAAGAAGGAUUGGCUGAUCAGUUUGAUGAUUCUCUGUUAGCCAAUCUCCUUCGCAUUAUACAACACAUGCAACUAAAAAAGAAAGAGGUCGCAAACACAAAGACUCUUUCGGAUGAUAAGGAGUUGCUUCGCGAAACACUUCCAGCUCUUGCGAUGCCAAAUGUUGAUGCAAGCAAACUUAUGAUGGAACUAGAGGGCUUACAACCAAAAUGGAAGGAAGCAAAAGCAAAAAGUACGGAUAAAUCAGAUAAAAGGGGAAGAAACAGCCGUCGGUCAAGAAGUGUAGAUAGCGAAAAAAGAAAGCAUCGUCAUUCCUCUAACAAUAGAAAAGGUAGACAUUGGCAUGACCGAAGACAUGAGCAAAACUCAAAUGAAAGGGAUCGAAAAAGGAAGCGAAACAGAGAUCGGGGUGAAAAGCAAGAUGAACCGUCGUCAAGACGACAUCGCAGGAGUAGAUCACAUUCUUCUGAAAAUGGAAGGAGGAGAAUCAGUCUUGCUCCAGUUGUUGGUGACAUUUACAGUGGCCGAGUGACAAGCAUCCAAAGUUUUGGAGCCUUUGUUCAAUUAGAAGGCUUACGUCAGCGCUUUGAAGGUCUUUUACACAUAUCUCAAAUCAGACAGGACAGGGUAAACGCCGUCUCUGAUGUGUUAAAUCGAAACCAGAAGGUCAAAGUUAAGGUUAUUAAAUUCGAAUUAGGGAAGAUUGGUUUAUCGAUGAAAGAAGUUGAUCAAGAAACAGGAGAAGAUCUUAACCCACACGAGUCUACCUCAGUUGCAGAUGACGCUCGUCUACCUCGCAAUCCUGAAGCACCGUGGAUGGACCCUUCGAAUUCUCGCAAUCCGGACGAUGUAUCUGUUGCUCAGUCGAAAAGUGUAGCGAAAAGUCGUGUUCGUUUAACGACUCCUGAAAGAUGGGAAUUGAGGCAAAUGCAAGGCGGAGGAGCGAUCACUAAUGCCGAUUUGCCUGAUUUUGAUGAAGAGCUUGGCGUUCUUAGGAAUUAUGAUGAAGAAAGUGAUGGUGAAGAUAUCGAAAUAGAAAUUGUUGAGGAAGAGCCGGAAUUCUUACGCGGUUAUGGGAAAUGCGUGUUAGAUCUCGAGCCAGUAAAAGUUGUGAAAAAUCCGGACGGAAGCUUGGCACAGGCAGCUUUGAUGCAGAGUGCACUUGCGAAAGAACGGCGAGACCAAAAACUGCAAGCACAGCGUGAGCAGGAAUCUCAUUCUCAACGUAGUGGCCUUUCGUCCACUGCCAGAAUCAAUGAUCCUAUGGCAGAAUUGUCCGUCCAGACCUCAGUGGAUAUUUCGGGACCAAGCCAAAGACAAAAGGAAAUGCCGGAAUGGUUAAGACAUGUAACUGCUGGUGGAAAAGCGACGUAUGGGAAACGAACAAAUAUGUCACUAAGAGAACAGCGCGAAUCGCUUCCAAUUUUUGCAUUGAAGAAAGCGCUUCUUGAAGCAGUUGCUGCGCAGAAUAUUUUGAUUGUUAUUGGUGAAACCGGCUCCGGGAAAACGACUCAAAUCACUCAGUACAUGGUUGAAGUUGGUUACACUGCUCGUGGCCGGAUUGGAUGUACCCAACCGAGACGAGUAGCUGCGAUGUCUGUUGCGAAACGCGUUGCCGAAGAAAUGGGCUGUAGACUUGGCUCUGAAGUUGGUUAUACUAUUCGAUUCGAGGAUUGUACAAGCCAAGACACUGUAGUGAAGUACAUGACGGAUGGUAUGUUGCUUAGAGAAUGCUUGUUAGAUCCGGAUUUAACAUCUUAUUCGGUAAUAAUGUUAGACGAAGCUCACGAGAGAACCAUCCAUACUGAUGUUUUGUUUGGACUUCUGAAAGCUGCUGUGAAAAAACGACCGGAACUCAAACUUAUUGUUACUAGUGCUACACUGGACGCAGUCAAAUUCUCAGAAUAUUUUUAUGAAGCCCCUAUAUUUACAAUACCCGGUAGAACAUUCCCUGUUGAAAUCCUUUAUACACGUGAACCAGAAACGGAUUAUUUAGACGCAGCACACAUAACUGUCAUGCAAAUCCAUCUUACCGAACCUCCGGGCGAUGUUCUUGUAUUUCUCACUGGACAGGAAGAAAUUGACACUUCUUGCGAAGUUUUGUACGAAAGAAUGAAAAGUCUUGGUCCGGAUGUGCCUGAAUUAAUAAUUUUACCCGUGUAUGGUGCGCUACCGAGUGAAAUGCAAACACGAAUAUUUGAGCCUGCACCGCCAGGCAGCCGAAAAGUAGUAAUUGCAACAAAUAUUGCCGAAACUUCAUUGACGAUAGAUGGGAUCUAUUAUGUCGUUGAUCCGGGUUUUGUGAAGCAAAAAAUAUACAAUCCAAAAAGUGGUAUGGAUUCGCUAGUGGUUACACCAAUUUCUCAAGCACAAGCGAAGCAGAGAGCCGGUCGAGCAGGUCGCACGGGCCCUGGCAAAUGUUACAGACUUUAUACAGAAAGGGCUUACAGGGAUGAGAUGUUGCCUACACCUGUUCCUGAAAUACAGCGAACAAAUCUUGCGUCAACACUACUGCAGCUAAAAGCUAUGGGAAUCAACAAUUUAAUUGAUUUUGAUUUUAUGGAUGCUCCGCCAGUAGAAGCUAUGAUUACAGCCUUAACACAGUUGCACACUUUAAGUGCUCUGGACAACGAUGGACUGUUGACUAGACUUGGCAGAAGGAUGGCUGAAUUUCCAUUAGAACCUAGUUUGGCCAAACUGCUGAUCAUGUCGGUAGAUUUGUGUUGUUCGGAUGAAGUGCUCACUAUUGUUUCAAUGUUGUCAGUGCAAAAUGUUUUCUACAGACCAAAGGACAAACAAGAAAUAGCAGACCAGAAAAAGGCAAAAUUUCAUCAGCCGGAAGGUGAUCACUUAACACUGUUAGCUGUUUACAAUUCUUGGAAGCAUCAUCAUUUUUCCCAGCCAUGGUGCUAUGAAAACUUCAUUCAAAUUCGGACUUUAAAAAGGGCACAGGAUAUUCGGAAACAAUUGCUUAGUAUCAUGGAUAGGCAUAAGCUCAACACAAUAAGUUGUGGUAGAGAUGUACAACGCAUACAGAAAGCUAUAUGCUCAGGAUUUUUUCGGAAUGCAGCAAAGCGAGAUCCGCAGGAAGGUUAUCGAACAAUCGUGGACGGUCAAAAUGUUUAUAUUCAUCCAUCUAGUGCCUUAUUUCAAAACCAACCAGAAUGGGUUGUUUAUCAUGAACUUGUAAUGACAACAAAAGAAUACAUGCGUGAGGUAACUGCUAUUGAACCAAAAUGGUUAGUAGAAUUCGCGCCGUCAUUCUUUAAAAUGGGCGAUAAUACGAAAUUAUCGGCAUUUAAAAAGAACCAGACGAUUAAUCCUUUGUAUAAUAAGUAUGAAGAUCCGAACGCUUGGCGUAUUACACGAUUGAAGAAAAAGAUCUACAAUCCAAACAGAUAA